CUCAAAUUGUGCGCUCAGCCUUCUCUCCCGGGUGCCUUCUCGCACACCAACCACCUGGACCCAGACUGCCUUUCGUAAUUGCCUACGAUCUGCGCGAUUGAAUUUGAAUCGCCACGACGUCCACUGUUGGUCGACGGCACGAGUAGCCACCCAGACUGGAUCGGUUGCACCUCGCACACAACCACCGCACCAUCCAGUGAAAGCAAGCGGCAGCAUCUUGCUAUCGUCCACACUCGCCAGUCAGAGAUAGUGCUCACAUACUAGCGCACACGCGCUGGUCACUCGAGGCCACGCCAUGUCCAGCAGAGUGGAAGAAGAUGAGGCCGGGAGCAGCGCAGCUGGACAAGCUCAAGCUCCUGUGAGCAAGAGCAAGCGCCAUCGCAAGGAGAAGCCGUGGGACACUGUAGAUAAUCACUGGGAGAUUCCAAGGUGGAGCGCCGGGGAGAUGGCUGGUCCCAUGACCGAAGAGAGCUCCUUCUCCACCCUCUUUCCCAAAUAUGUGGAGAGGAGAUUGCGCGAGAGCUGGAGCGCCGUUACCAGCGCUCUGGAUAAACAUGGUCUCAAAGCGACGCUGGAUUUGGUGGAAGGCAGCAUGACGGUCAAAACGACUAGAAAGACGCACGACCCUUACAUCAUCUUGAAGGCCAGAGACUUGAUCAAGCUUCUCAGCAGAAGCGUACCAUUCACCCAGGCGGUCAAGAUCCUCGAAGAUGGUGUUACAUGCGACAUCAUCAAGAUUGGUAAUCUUGUGCGAAACAAGGAGAGAUUUGUCAAGCGUCGGCAGCGUAUCAUUGGACCGAAUGGGAGCACUCUCAAGGCGAUCGAGCUCCUGACCGGCUGCUACGUGCUGGUACAAGGAAAUACGGUCAGCGCCAUGGGUCCCUACAAGAAUCUGAAAGAGGUCAGGAGGAUUGUGGAAGACUGCAUGAAGAAUAUUCAUCCCAUCUAUCACAUCAAGGAAAUGAUGAUCAAACGUGAGCUGGCGAAGGAUCCAAAGCUUGCCAACGAGUCGUGGGACCGCUUCUUGCCAAAAUUCAAGAAGCGCAAUGUCAAGGCUAAGAAGCCGAGCGAGGCGCAAGGUGCAGCGCCCGUCGCCGAGGCGGAUCAUAUGGAAGCCGGCCAGCCAUCAGGCAGCGCAUCUGCAGCAUCCACAUCAGCCGCAGCAGCAUCAGCAGCAGCAGCGACAAAGCCAAAGAAGAAGGUCUACACACCCUUCCCUCCCGCACCGCAGCCGAGCAAGAUCGAUUUGCAGAUCGAGUCUGGAGAGUACUUCCUCAAGCCGCACGAGAAGCAGCGCAAAGAGAGGUUGGAAAAGGAGGCGAAGCAGGCGGAGAGCAAAAAGAAGCGGGAAAAGGAGAGGGAAAAGGCGUUUGUUGCACCGGCUGAGGAGGAGAGGGUGCAGCAGAGCGAGAAGAAGAAGAGCAAAAAGAGAAAGGAUGAGAGCGAGGAGGAGAGGCGGGUGAGAAAGGAGAACAAGAGGUUGCGCAAGUUGGAAGGUGACUAGACCAGAGGGCCCAGAUGUGCCAGUCGCUCUGUUUUAGCAGUUUUCCCAACAGUGCCUGGCGUUGCUUUUUGGCCUCCUGGUCAGCUACCCAUCAGGCUCAUGCUAAUAACACUACCACGCCAGUCGCGGCCAAUGUGCGCACCGAAUUUGUCAUCGUCUCG